CGACUAGUGUGGCCGUGACGUCCCCAGACCCUGGAGCCCGGACCGUACAUUUCCACGCGUUGUUCACCCGCAGCUCGUGAAAAGGUUUUCUUUCUUUAGUUUUGUUUAUUUUUUAGUGUUGAGUAUAAUUGAAUAUGUCAGGGAAUGCCAAUAUAACAGGAGGCAAGAGCAUGGUUAUAAAACAGGGAGAGCCUCCCGGGGACUCAAAGAAAGAAGUUGUCUGUUGUAUGACUACUAAAGCUGAAAAACCCACGCUCCAGGGGCAGCGCAUAAAGACUCGAAAGAGAGAUGAGAAAGCGAAAUACGACCCUGUGGGGUUUCGUGAUGCAAUCUUGCAGGGUCUCAUUGAAGCAGGCUCAGAUUUAGAGGCUGUUAACAAGUAUCUUGAUCAAGCAGGAUCCAAGCUUAAAUAUCGCACUUACGGAGAAACACUCUUUGAUAUACUUAUUGCUGGUGGCAUCCUCACUCCAGGUGGAGGAAUCUCUGAAGAUGGCAUCGACAGUGGCCCAGUUCGCACAGACAUGUGCGUGUUUGGGGCACCAGAUGACUCUUACGAGACAUUACGCGGUUAUGCAACGGUUUUCACCAGGUUGAUGAGGCGUUACAAGUACCUGGAAAAGAUGUUCUAUGAAGAGAUGAAAAAGGUGCUUGUGUACCUCAAAGGGUUCCGAGAUUGUGACCGCAUCCGCCUGGCACGUUGCGUUGCUAUUUGGACCAGCGACUCCCUGCUUGAUCCUAAGGUGCUAGCAACUUUAUUACAGGAUCAUCUCAUUAAGGAUGGCCUUGCUGCAGAUUUUCUUUGUGAGGUCCUCUUAACUGCCAAGAACCUCAAGGACCUGAACACAGUGCGAUCUUUGCUUCGCAAAGCUGGCUUGGAUUCCAGGUUGAUGGAGUUCCUACAGGCCAACAAACGAACAGAUGAGAAUUUCAAGAACCUGUUCCAACAGAAAGGCUUGGAGGAGAUUCUUGGUAUCUACAAGAACUUGGAAAAAGAAACGAGCCUGAAGGAGCUGCAGAUUUACCUGAGCCAGCAGGUGAACGAGGGCGCUAGUGUCAAGGACAUAAUAGUAGGGGUGCAGGAGAUAGCCAAAAAGAACAGCAUUCAGGAGCCACAGAUAGUUUCUGCUAUCUGGUCAAGUGUGAUGGAUGCAGUGGAAUGGAAUAAAAAGGAGGAGCUGGUAGCUGACCAAGCACUGAAGCAUUUACGUGUGUACGCUCCUCUGUUUGCUGCCAACACUACAACGGAUCGUGCCGAGCUCAACUUGCUGGUUAAAGUGCAAGAGUUCUGUUAUGACAACAUGAACUUCAUGAAAGUGUUUCAAAAGAUAGUCAUCCUCUUCUACAAGUCUGAAGUGUUGUCGGAAGAGGUGAUCCUCAAGUGGUACAAGGAGGGUCAUGCAACCAAGGGCAAGUCCAUAUUCCUGGAUCAGUUGAAGAAGUUCAUUGAAUGGCUUCAAAAUGCUGAAGAAGAGUCUGAGGAGUCUGGCGAGGAGGAGGAAGACUAAGCCUUAUAGCACGCAGGACUUGGGCACUGCCAAAGUUCCAUCUUUGGUGCCAGCUACAAUGGGAGCCAUCCAAGUUGUCAACCAAGUAAUGAGGCGCCUCCCAAGCUGAGCAUUUGCCAUAUCGCCAAGCGCCUCUGUUUACAGUGGCUCCUGUCAAGCCCACGAGCUCUCACAGCAACAAUUUUAUAGCUUUUUCCAACAGGAUCCGAGAGCAGCAUCGGCCCUCCAACUUAAUACUGCCGCUACAAAUGCUUCAUUGAUCUUCUAGUACAAAACCAUUGCUCCUGUCUUGUGACCAUCCUUGUUGGAGUGACAGUUAAGUUUCUGGGGCCUUGCUUGACCUCUAGCCACCAAGCUAGGACAGUGCUCUUUUCCUAAUAUUUUUAUUUUAGAUUUUUAAAUUAUGGGUGCAUAUCCAGUCUCCAGCUAUUGGUCACAUUAAUUAUUGCAGUUUUGUUGUGAAGAAAUUAAUACUGGAUACAAAUUGUUGAAUUGUGUCAAGGUACUUUUAUUAGUGUGUUUUGAGAAUAAGCACACAAUUUUGAGUUUAAUUUUGAUGAGCAUUUUGCAGUGAAAGUGUGAGGAUAAAAUGUCCAUUCAUUUUGUAUAGGAUGCACUAGCUUGCUCGAUAUGAAUUUUUCUGGUAUUUCCCUGUUGUAGUACUUGGUCCCGUAAAGUGGUCAAGUGUUUAGCAUGAAAGUGUUCCAUAAGAAUGGGGAAACUGGUUCUUUUUACUUUUUUAUAGAAGGGGGAGCUCCUCCCCACUUACCCAUGAUAAUUCUUUAUUUUAUAAUCCUUAUUGUAGGUGUGGGACAAUUUUUUUUAUUUUUUUUUUGGUAAAUAAAAAGAUUGCAAAA